AUGCGACCAGAGGCAACGUCAUCGAGUCAUGCAUGCACACCGACGCCUAAGAAUUGUCCAAGCAAGUGGUGGAUGAAGGAAAGUGCCGACACGCAUGAGACCAACAAAGGGAAUGGAUCUUCGCAACAUUCCGCGUCACAGCAAAAUUUGGAACAAACCACAAAAGAACCAACCACUACAGCAUCCGGUAUGAGCUCUUCAAGCGGCAAUGGGCUCUCAUCAUCCGGGAGCGGUGACGGCGCAAUAGCUGGAAGAGACUCUUGGGGAUCUGGUUCAGGAACUGGAAGCAGUGGCGGGGGCGGCAUCAACCCGAUGUUUCCGGUAGUUAGUGGAAGCGGUAAUGGCGGCUGCACGGGCCCGUUCUGUAUGGGCGCCAGAAAUGGCGGCAGUGGAGGAGCCAGAAGUGGCGGUGGGAUGAUGGGCGGACCCAGGGGAGUGAGAGGUUACAACGACAAGUUCGUGGGACCGGAGCGCUCGGCAAAAGUGGGACAAAGAUUUAACUGA